CGCGCUUUAACUGAAGCAGUGGCGAGAUUUGUUUUUAAAUGGAGGAGUCUCUGAUAUUCUGUUGGGACCAGGGAUACUCAAAGUACGGUAAUUGCACCGUUAAACUGGACUGAAGCGAUUUGAUAUAAUUUAGGAGGUUUAAAUCAAGUUUACAUCGCAUGGCGUAACAAGAGAAACGGUGUUCCUGUAGGUUCUUUAGGUUUAGUCUCCAACCGGCUUCAUUAGCUUAGCAAGCUAGCAUAGCAGCCAACAGCUGUGCUGAGCUAAGGGGGGAUGCGCUGGAAGGUGUUGAGGUUUUCUUUUAGGGUCGUUUACACGACUUAGUAACAUGAAUUCAAGUAGUUUCAGCUUGUCUGAGGUAAAGUCUCUGCUCAGAUAGUUAUGAGCAGUUUUAACCAGAACCUCCGCUUAAGCUCCUCUUUCGGCGCAGACGGUCCAGCGGUCGGCACUGACCCCGGGAACAAGGACUGGGUUCUCGGAGGCGAUGUGUUUUCCUGCUGUCAAGAGAUGAACCUGAUGGACGACUCGGUGCAGGCGGGGAUGUCGUCGGUCCAGCCGGGACUGGACGGACACCUGCCGCUGAUACGUGCACAGAACCACGGCUCCCAGGACGGGAUCUUUUUCGAAUUGGGCUCCCCGGACGACUAUCUGGACAGCAGCCCGAUAGAAUACCGGGAGCCCGAUGGGAACGGCAUCGGUCCGCUGUUCGAGAGGAGGAAGAGGUCUCGGUCCAACAGCUCCAGACACAGGUUCAACGAGGUGGUCACGGAGCUAGUUCCGGAGGAGGUUCGCUGGUUCUACAAAGAGGAUAAGAAAUCGUGGAAGCCGUUUAUCGGACACGACUCUCUUAAAAUCGAGCUGAUGUUUCGGAAAUACUGUGAGCUGAACCCCGGUGCUGUUCGACCCCGGGUUGGCGGCGGGGAGGAGGAGACCGGGGCUAAAUGUGCGGAAAGCCCGGGGCAGAACGGCGCAGAGGCCGCGGACACUGGGACCAGCAGCGUGGACGAAGGCCGCGGGUCUCUGGACACAUCUACGGUGUCCUGCGAUGUUAGCGACCCGGACGGCAUUGAGAUCAACGUGGAGCCUGUGUGUGUUCGGGGAGGCCUCUAUGAGGUGGACAUUAAAGAGAGGAAAUGCUACCCUGUCUACUGGAAGCAACAAGACCAUAUUCCUGUGAUGAGAGGGCAGUGGUUUAUUGAUGGUACGUGGCUCCCGCUCGAGGAAGAGGAGAGCGACCUGAUCGAGCAGGAGCAUCUGAACCAUUUCCGAGGCCAACAUUUGCAGGACACCUUUGAGACAGAUCUGGUGGUCAAGACUGUUGAUAGCAAAGAUGUUCUCUCCCACCUGCCCCCUUUCUAUCUCCCGUUUCUGUUCAAAUGGAGUGGAUAUCAGACUGGUGCUAAAACUGCAGGUCACAAGCGCAAACGCUGCCAAGCCAUCCACCAUUUGAAGCUGAGCCGCACACAUGUGGAUUGGCACAGCGUGGAAGAAGUCUACCUUUACAGCGACGCUACCACGUCAAAAAUCGCUCGUACUGUUACCCAGAAAUUGGGCUUCUCUAAAGCCUCCAGCAGCGGCACGCGGCUCCAUCGAGGUUAUGUAGAGGAGGCCUCUCCAGAGGACCGACCCCCUCAGACUACCCACGUCGUCUUUGUGGUCCACGGAAUUGGUCAGAAGAUGGACCAGGGCCGCAUAAUAAAAAACACUGGAAUGUUGAGAGAAGGUGUAAGGAAGAUGGAGGAGAAGCACUUUUCUGAGCACAACGAUGAACACGUAGAGUUUCUCCCUGUGGAGUGGAGAUCUAAACUAGCGCUAGACGGAGAUACGGUGGAUUCAAUCACGCCAGACAAAGUCAGAGGACUGAGGGACCUCCUGAACAGCAGUGCAAUGGACAUCAUGUACUACAACAGUCCUCUUUAUCGUGACGAAAUAACUAAAGGACUCACCGAAGAGCUAAACAGACUAUACUCACUCUUCUGUUCCCGUAAUCCUGAUUUUGAGGAACGGGGUGGAAAGGUGUCCAUCGUGUCUCACUCCCUUGGAUGUGUCAUUACCUAUGACAUCAUGACAGGAUGGGAUCCCGUACGCUUCUGUCUGCAGGAGCACUGCGCUGUAGAGGAGGAGCAGGAUUUCCGCUGGAUGUCCUAUGAGGAGAGGAAGCUUUUAGAGGAGCUGAGGCUCACAAAGAAUAGGUUAAGAGAGCUGGAAAAUCAACUGGUCAAACUGGAGGCUUCUAAUCCUUCAGCCCCCCCAGCUCUUAAAUUCAAGGUAGAAAAUUUUUUCUGCAUGGGUUCACCUCUAGCAGUUUUCUUGGCCCUGCGAGGGAUUCGUCCGGGCACCAGCGGCCACCAGGACCACAUCUUGCCCACAUCCAUCUGCAGCCGACUCUUUAACGUCUUCCAUCCCACAGAUCCUGUGGCUUACAGACUGGAGCCCCUCAUCCUUAAACAUUAUAGCAACAUUGCACCUGUGCAGAUACAUUGGUGUAGCGCCUCUAACCCUUCGGCCUAUGAUGAGAUCCGGCCUACCUUCCUCAGUCCAGUCAAAGAUCCAGCUUCAGACACGGAAAGCAUUCCCAGUCCGAGCACCUCUCCGGUCCUCGCCCGUAAACACUACGGGGAGUCGAUCACCAGCCUGGGCAAGGCCAGCAUACUGGGUGCAGCAAGUAUAGGGAAGGGGUUAGGAGGAAUCCUUUUCUCGCGGUUUUCCCGCUCAAACAGCCAACCAUCAGUGUCUUUAGGAGUUGAGGGUGUGGCGAACGCUGAAGAAGAGGAGGAGAAGCGCAGUGAAAGCCAAUCAUCAUACGGGCUUUCCACCAUAACUCGACCGACUUCUCCCACUGCGGAAACUUUUUUGGAGCUGGAGAGGCGCAUCGACUUCGAGCUGCGGGAGGGUUUGGUAGAGAGCCGCUAUUGGUCGGCUGUGACCUCACACACUGGCUACUGGUGCUCACAUGACAUUGCACUGUUCUUACUGACCUUCAUAUAUAAUAAGUCGACGCCCUCUGCGCCGACAGAACACACUCCAGAACCAGACUGAAGCAUUUGUUGCAGCACACGCCUGAGAAGCGUGUCCCAUCUUUUUUUUUUUUCUCUCCAAAUCUUUCUAAAUAAAAAGCAAUCAACCCAUCCUUUCUUUUUUUUUUUUUCUUGUUGAUCGACGAUCAAGUCAUUUUUGAGAAGACACAUAAACCUCAUUCCGACAAGCAGCCUUCAUGGACCAGGAGCCCGUACCAAGGGACGCUCUGUGCCAGUAUUACCACUCAUUAAACAUUUCCAUGGAAGAAGAGGCCAUUAUUCUAAAACAUGGAGGUUCAUCAGCCCUCAGAAAAGCGCUUUACCUUUAUCUCAACAUUAAGGCGGAUCAGGUUAUUUGGUUGCCUGCAGGUUUAAUGUUUAUCAGCCCACUCUCUGUAGAGCCCUCUGAUGUAUUUUUGGAUUUAUAAAUUGAAUGUGAUUGUAAGAAAAAGCUGUUUUUCACUAAAUAUUCUGUCCAAAAUGUGAAAAAAAACAAUUGCUUACAUGGGAACACGAUGACCUUUUAAAUAAGCCCAAAAAUGUUACUGAUGUACUGUUGUCAUAAAAAAAACGAGUACUAAUCCCUUUAAUAUGAUUAGAAACCUGAGUUUUAUUCAGUUUGCUUUCACCUAUGGCAGAAACCAAAUACAACCUCAGAUUAGCAUAUUGUUUACUUCGUUAAGCAGAGCUUACUGGUUUAGUUACAAUUAGAAAAUGUACUGAGUUUGUUGUCAGUUGCAGCUAAAUAUUUCCCUUUUAAAUUCCAUGUUUCUUUCAGAUGUGUACCUCUUGUAUCAUGACGGGCAUAUACUUAUUUUCUUACUAUUUAGUAAUCUAAAUCAUUGUGGAAAACUCUUCAUAAUGAGUUUAACAAAAAGCAAUUAUCAUUGCUCAACUGAAAUCAAUGCUUCUUUAUUAGUAUUGAGUUAUGAAGAUGCUUCUGAUUGUCCCUAUCUUUGCCUUUAUGUUUUUGUUGAUGUCCGAAUGAAAUGAAUGGUUCUAGAUGUAUUUUUAUUCGAGAACAGAAAUAUUUUCAUAAUGAUUUUCAGGCACUUGCAGGUAUAAACCUGAAUCUCAUCACAUGGAAAGUGGGAUUCAAAUUUGUGGCCAAAUAACAUUUAUUUGUCCAGUUUGUUAGCUACUGUAGUAAAGCUACUGUUUCUAGUCAACCAGAAAUGUAAUUGACAUAGUGUGAAGGUUAAGAAAUAUACAUUUGUUUAGGUGUUUGAAGGACGUUGCAUAUAUGUUAUUUCUCCACCUUUUUGUUACCAAUGUGCACUUUUUUUUUCCUUUUUAUAUUGUUUCUUUCCUCCUGAAAAUAUCCAGCUGCAGUCAAAUAGGUAAAGUCACUUAAAGUGUAAUUGCCUCUGAUUCCUUAGAUUUAUUCCAAAAAGAUCGAGAAAAAAAAGAGAAGAUGGUAAAUAAUCGUCUUUCUUUAAAAGUUUAUUGGUGGUUUAUAGAUGCAAAUGCAUUAAAAAGUAAAAUAUCCUAUUUACAUUUAGAACUCAGUAAUAUUUCUGCAGCAACUAGAAUGCUUUUGCACUUUGCAUGAUCUCAGAUAAAUAGUUCAUGAAUGUUGGAACAAUAAAAACCAUGCUGUGUGCCAACACACAUCUAAGAAUUUUCAAUACUGCAGAAGAGCUCAUUUAAAACACUCUAGCAAUGGUUGAAGAAGCAAACUUGUCAAUGCUCACUGAGUUACAUUAAAAAGUGUCAAGUUUAUUGUAUCCAUUUUUUUUCUUGUAAUAUCAUUCAGAUGCCUCAAUAAAUUAAAAUAUCAAAAAGUUUUGGAUUUAUAAAUGAGCAUGUAGUUAAACACCAAGUGACAUUUUUCUGUUUGUGGUUUAUAGAUGAUUAAAGAUUUCUACUCAAAUGUGUUUA